UUUUGCUAUGAUAUUUAGGAAGCUUCAGAAGAAAUGGGAGAAGACAUAGAAGAUGGAGGAAAUAUGGCCAAGGCCAAAGAGUUCACCCGAACAGCUUCCGUGAAAGUUGCAAGAACUUCAAAAAAGGUGUCAAAAGCUGGUGUUGGAUAUACAAAGACCAGCAUCAACAGCAUCGCCUCAGCCUUGCCGGACUCUGAGAUCAUGAUUGUGGCUAUACUGGCGGUGACGAUAUUCAUCAGGGCGGAAGAGGCCCAUUUAAAAAAGUUCUGCUACAACGACGGUUCAGUUGGCUGGAUCAUGUGCGCUAUGGGUUGUUGCGUGGUGGCGUUCUCCAAAUACUCCGACACACGAUCCAUUAUCCACUCCUUCGCUGCCAGCUUUAUCUACCUCCUGAUCCAAGUUUCGCUCAAUUACCCUCCUCUGGGAUGCCUCUUCACCAACGUGGUUGUCGGAGACGGCGAGAAGACCGAAUACUCACCCGAAACAAAGAGUUUCGCUGUGGUCCAAGCAGUGAUAAUGACUAUAUUCGCCAUAGUCUACACCGUCGUGAUCUACAGAAAGAGAGUUGUAGAGGAUGAGGAAGAAGGAGAGGAGUGAGGGAUGGUCGGACUUUUAUUGUUUCUGACAUUAUUACACGAUAGGUAUACUAAUCGGAUUAGGUUUACAGGUCUUUUAAGGUUUAGGAAUAAUCAUUGAUCUUAUAGACAGACUUUAAUGACGGUAUAGCUAUUAAAUACAGAGUAGAUAACGAAGCUGGCUAACUGAAAAAUAGUCAGUAAAGGCUUAAUGUGUAAUUAAAUGUUGACCUCAAAAGUCACAUAAUCCUUUUGGCGAACAUACUUUUAAAAAGAAUUUUAAAACGAUAGUCUGGCGAUUAGCGAGGAAUGUUUGUUUAUCUCGCUGUGCCAUAAUUUUCAGCAAAUUUGUAAGGUUUAUUGAUUUAAUACCUAUUUUGUCUAGGCAAGAAGCUAAAAACCUACCCGCCCACAGUCAUGAAUCUCCUAAUCUGCACAUAAAUAUACAUUUAGUCUGACUAACGGCUUUAGUAAGGUAGGUCGCAUCAGACCAUACUGAAAUAUUGCGAUACUAGCGUCUAGCAACUAGGUACUACGACUUGAACAGGUCUGUCGCUGACUGCGAGAUUAAUCUUCCAAUAUCCAGACAAAUCGCGAUUUCUACACUGCGACAACAUUGUUCUCACGUGCGCAAGGUGGACCAACUUUUGAUUACAAAUCUGGGCCAAAAACUAGCGAUAGCAUUCGAACACUUCGCCGCCACAGCUCCAUUCCGUAGACUUACAAUAAACUUUUGUGAGCUUUCAGUAAUUGCAAGGCUUGAACGGGGCAUAGUCGCUGGGUUGUGUGUACUCACAACCAAAAGGCAUAAGAUCUUGCAACUUGCAUCCCUGUUAUUUUCGUUUCACGAAUAAGUACAAAUAUCUAUCCAUUUAUAUAAAUCGGAUUUAAAAUAAGAAUUGACACCACAUACAAGACGUUUAAUAACGAUCAAUAACUUAGUCAAAAAUUUGCGAACCAGAAAUCAGGCCGUAGCCUAAUAUUCUAUUUGUAUAAUCUUUGGACUUAUUCUCGAAACAAUUGUAAGUUAAUAUCAUAGUGUCAAAAUACUAGUUUAAACAUAAAAAAUAUCAUUCUUAAAACGUAAAAUAUUAAAACGAUUUUGUUUGAGAUAUUUGAUAUUUUCUGAAUGUUUGACAUUUUUACCUUUUUCUUUAA